UUGAAGUGCGCUGGUAGAAUUAGAACUGUGUUUUAUAUGUAAUUUCCUCUUCUAGUAAAAAUUUAAGGGAGAAAUUUAAUUAAGUAAAAUAUUAAAGCUAAUAAGCAAAGUAAACAUUGGUAUAAGUCUUAUUUUAUGUAAAUAUUCCACAUAAAAGUAUUAAAAACUCAUUAAAAGAAAUCUACGCGCUUUACCUUAAAAACGAGAAUCAUGGAGGACCUUAUGGAAAUUUAUAAAAAAUAUGAAAAUUUUAGCAUGCAAAUGGAAAAAUUUAAGGAGGAACAAUUAGAUAAUUUGCGGUGUAUUUUGUACGGUAAAGAUAUUGUUGUUACUUCUGUUGAAAGUGAGGAUAUAACUGAAGUCGUAGCGUCGCCUCAGCAAAUAAAAAAGCGCGCCAAACGACUUAACACGCUGACUGAAGACUUAAAGGAGGUAAAAGGAAAUAAAGAUAUCAACAAUGAGCUAUCUCCGGUUAAUUCUUUACGCACAAAUAAAUUGCAAAUAACUGAUCAGGAACUUGACGAUGAAGCGGUAACACCAAUAAACGAAACUACAAGCAUUGCUAAUAAUAAGACACUGCAAAAACAUGACGAUAUUAAUCAAGGGAUGCUUAUGCCCCCACCACCCGUUCCAACAACAAACACGGAACAAUCGUCUACACGGCCACAAAGGGCAGCGAAGCUCAAAUCAGAAAAAAAUCUCAAGGAACCUAAACUUAAUCAAAAAUUGCGUCGUCCAAGCAGUAAUGAAUCAGUUAAAAUUAAAUUGGAACAUGAACAGAGACCUUCCCAAAUGCAUGAAUUGGCCGUUACACAAACUUCGCUUUCCAGUUCAAGGUCAGACAAUUCUAUUUUGGUUAUUCCCAACAACGGACCAGCAGUAAUAGAAAUUCCAUCAGACAGUGAAAAUGAUCCAGUUGAUAGCAGGACGCAAGAAAAAGAAAAUAUUAGACCCAAUAGUGAGUUGAAAAAUCGUAAUUGUCGUAUUAAUAUAAAACGUAAUUCUCUGACUAUAACUGUUAAUAAGGACACAGAAAAGCUACAACAAACUAUCGCUGAGGAGACCGUAGUGAUAACAGCGACUAACCAAGAAGUAAAGCAGUUGCGUAUAAAACUUGAAGAUGUAGGCGAGACCAUGGGUGCUUCUAUGUUAUCAUCGACUAGUAACGCUUCAAAAAAACCGCGUAAAAAAGAUGCCAAAAAACCACCAAAGCCAAUAAAAGUUGAACGGUUUAGCGAUGUCGGUUUAGGUGACUCGCCAAUUUCAUCUCGAACGCGCAAAACAAGUGCUGGUAAAAGCCAAAAAGAACAAGAACCACAUAAAUCAAUUUAUGAAGAUGCUUUAGCUGAAGAACAAGUUAAGACUGCAAGUACAACAGAAACAUUUACUCCUCCAGCUACAACGGCUGAGGUUGCGGUAAAUGAACAUGUCACCAUUUCUACAACAACGCCAAUAAACCAGACUAUAACGCUUGGUGGUGCACCAGCGGAUGCUACAUUUUGUACGAAUGCAGCGCAGACAACAUUUCAAAUUGCGCCUGGACAAAGUACUUUUAUCGUUGACAAUCCAAAUGCUACUAUAACUUUGAAUAAAAAUGCAGAUCCGUCCACAAAUGCUGCGACUGAUGUAGGUGAUGCCACAUUUAACGUGGCCGCAAAUGAUGCAAAUAAAUCAAACCGUUCAUCGACAUUAUCGAGGCAAUCGAUGGUAACAGCUAAAGAUACUUCGCAUCCGCAAGAUACAAGUCUUAUAACUGAAGAUGAAUCGUUUGAACAGCCCAUCGCUAAAAGUCAACCAAUGCCACCGCAUGCACCGAAAGCACCGACUGCACUUAAAUUACAUACACAAACUAAGGUGCCACUCUCCGCUAAAGGGUACAAAGUACCAUCACGCACCAAUGAACUCUUCAAUCCACUUGUACAAAGUCCUGUAAAAAAGAAGGUUGAGGCAUUUGAGCAUGCUUUACAGGCUGCUACCAUUGAACAAUCGAAAACUGGUACUUUGCGUCCAAAGCGGUUAAAAGAAACUUCAACGACCCACACAACACCUGUAAUUGGUGGUAAAAUUUAUGCUCCAGCUAUAGGAAAAUUUCUUACACCAACACAAUCAUCGACAGUUACACCGAAUAUUGGACAAAUGCGUAAGCUACCAAACAGCACUUCAAAAACUAUUGGAUUUCCUAAAACAAAUUUAAAACCAACUACUUCUGCAUCUGCCAAGGCACUUUCACGCGAUAAUACCAGUGAGGACCUGCGUAAAGGUCUUAGCCAACAAGCUGAAGAGCGCAAGAAACUACGUGAGCAGAAACAUGUACUUGCCGCACAGCAACGUGAAAUGAGAGAAAAAGAACGUACUGAACGUAUGGCUAAGCAAGCUAAGGAACGUGAGGAAAAACGUAUUAAGAAACAACUUGAAAUUGAGAAAAAGAAACGUGAACAAGAGGAUAUACAACUUAAGCUACGUCAACAGGAAGAAGCCGCAGCUGAGGCAGCUGCCAUGAAGCAACGAGUCGCAAAAGCUAAAGCUAUUGCCGAACAGGAGCAAGAACACUUAGCACAAAUUGAAAAAGCCAAACAGGGCACGCUGAGCAAGAAGAAAAUGAUGCCUCCACCAAAUCCCAAACCAGAAGUAAAAUCGUCAUACACAUUUGAUAUGUUACAUGAAGAUGAUUCAACAGAUGAUGAGGACAAAGUUUCUUAUAAGCGACCACCACCACCAGAAUGGAGCAAAAGUACAACUCGUGGUCCUGCCAUUCGUAUGCAAGAACAUUGCUGGUCUGAAAUUAUUGAUAACAUGUUUUCAGUCGAACCAGUUACGGUUAACUUAAAGGAAAUCUUUCCAAACAUUUCGUCUCAGCACUUAAAACGUAAUUCCAGUGUAAUGUGGUCAACUCCUCCACGUUAUUCAGAGUUACCAAAAUAUUAAAAUUACUUACUUUUUAU